UUUAAUUGAAGCAACCGUGGGCCAAAACCAGAGACUAGUACUCACUCCCUCACUCCUUCCCCCGCCCACACCCUCGCAAAAUGGCCUUCUCCUUCUCGAAGCCUGUGGCGACGCUGCUGCUCGUGGCGGGGGCGCUGGCGGCGGCGGCGGCGGCGGCGGGGCAAGACAGCUGCGGCGGGCACAAGGUGACGGUCCAGAACCUGUGCGGGCACGACCUGAGGAUGGACAUCGAGCAGCUGGCCAACAGCAAGCUGCUGUACAGCCCCGGCUGGGUGCUCCGCAACGGGCAGCACGCCGAGUUCCCCGUGUGCGCGUGGACGGGCCGCGUCAAGGCGCCCGGCGCGCCCGUGGUGGAGUUCCACAUGGGCUACGACGGCGGGGCGUGGUACCAGGUGAGCACGGACCAGUCGGCCAUGCCGGUCCGGGUCUCCGUGACCCCGCACGCGAGAUCCCCCAAGGAGCCCCUGCAGGGCCACUGCCCCACGGCGGGUUGCAGCGGCGGGAACCGCUGCUUCGAGCACGCCGUCCCCGGCGGCAACUGCCACGCCGUCUCCGAGAUCAAGAUCGUCUACUACAAGCCCUAGUAGUACUAGAUUCCGUCGAUCCGUUUGUGUGUGUGUUCAAUAAUCGUGUCGAGAGUUUGCGUGCGCGGUUUUUUAACUUUUAGUGGCAGAGCUCGAUCACGUGCAUGUGUUGUAAGCCGUGCGAAUGUCUAAGUGCUUGUCCGCCCUCAUCGGCAUCGUUCCGUACUUGGUUUCGUUGCAAGAUGUCGUGUCAAUCUGAGUUCUGAAUAAAUUUUCUAGUUAAUCUGAGUAA